AUGGCUCCCAGUCGUGAGUCGUUUACCGACAGGUCCUACAAUGCUAUAGAGAAGGCAGCAGACGAAGCAGAGGAGCAUGGCCACCCACAAGUGGUGCCGGCUCACCUUGGUUACGUUCUCAUGAACGGAGAUGACGAGGAGGGGCGGGAUGACGUCUCGAUGUUCAAGCAGGUCAUCGAGAAAGCCGGAGGAGACCCGGAAGCGAUGACUCGAUACUUGAAGAAAGUCAUCGUCCGACUACCCGCCCAGUUCCCGGCAGUCUCCCAAGUCUCCGUCUCUUCCGCCCUGAGCGAAGUCAUGGCUGCUGCCUAUAAGCUUUCAAAGAAACAGAAGGACUCUUACGUUGCAAUCUACCACCUUAUAUCAGCGCUUGCGCAAGAAAGGUCUAUCGAAGAGGGACUUAAGGAGGCUGGAGUCCCAUCUGCCAGCAAAAUCGAAGAGGCCCUCACAGAAAUACGCGGCUCGAAGAAGAUUGACAGCAAAACCGCAGACUCGACCGAUGGUGGAAACGAAUGGCUAAAGAAGUUUACAGUUGACAUGACCGCCCUAGCCAGGGAAGGAAAAAUUGACCCCGUCAUUGGGCGGGAGGAAGAAAUGCGAAGAGUCAUUCGCAUUUUAAGCCGACGAACAAAGAAUAACCCUGUCCUGGUUGGUGAGCCUGGUGUUGGAAAGACAACAGUUGUCGAGGGCCUGGCGAGACGUAUCGUCAACUCGGACGUGCCAGCAAGCUUGGCCAAAUGCAAGCUGUUAUCCCUCGACAUAGGCGGCCUUAUCGCCGGCGCCUCAUACCAGGGCCAGUUUGAGGAACGAAUCAAAAACGUGCUGAAGGAAAUUGAAUCUUCAGACGUGACCAUCAUUCUUUUUAUCGACGAAAUCCACAUGCUCAUGGGCGCUGGCGCCUCUUCCUCCGGUGGAAUGGAUGCUGCCAACCUUUUGAAACCAAUGCUCGCAAGAGGUCAGCUACACUGCAUUGGAGCAACGACCCUUAAUGAAUACCAGAAGUAUAUCGAGAAGGACUCUGCUUUCGAACGCCGUUUCCAGCAGGUCCUGGUCGCCGAACCGACGGUUCCGGAGACCAUAUCCAUUCUGCGAGGUCUCAAGGAGCGAUAUGAAGUACAUCAUGGAGUCAACAUCCUAGACUCGGCCAUCGUGUCCGCAGCGACCCUCGCUGCUCGGUAUCUCACCACACGACGACUUCCAGAUUCCGCUGUUGACCUUAUUGAUGAAGCCGCUGCAUCAGUUAGGGUAACCCGUGAAUCCCAGCCAGAAGCCCUUGAUCUCUUGGAGAGACGGCAUCGUCAACUUCAAAUUGAAAUCCACGCGCUGGAACGCGAGCAGGAUAAAGACUCCAAGCUGCGUCUGGAGAAUGCGAAAAAGGAGGCCGAGGCCGUCAAUGCGGAAUUAAUUCCACUUCGCGACAAGUACAUGAAAGAAAAGGAGCUUAGCCAGACCAUCCAAGAGGCCAAGAUCAAGUUAGAAUCUCUCAAAGUACGACUCGACAGUGCAACACGCUCAGGAGAUACCCAAAGGGCCUCAGACCUGGCAUACUAUGCCAUCCCCGACGUGGAAAAACGAAUCAGCGCGCUGGAGAGUGCAAAAGCCAAAGCUGAUGCGGCCCGCGUGAACGCCGGAGGAGAUGAUAACUCCCUUGUUGUGGAUGCCGUUGGACCCGAUCAGAUUAAUGAAAUUGUUGGACGAUGGACAGGAAUCCCUGUUACUCGACUGAAGACAACCGAGAAGGACAAGCUGCUAAACAUGGAGCAGCAGCUAUCCAAAACCGUGAUUGGCCAAAAGGAAGCUGUCAAGUCAGUGUCAAAUGCUAUUCGGCUGAAAAGAUCAGGCCUUAGCAAUCCAAACUCGCCUCCGAGCUUCCUGUUUUGCGGUCCAUCGGGAACAGGAAAAACACUCUUAACCAAAGCCCUGGCUGAAUUCUUGUUUGACGACCCAAAUGCCAUGAUUCGCUUCGACAUGUCCGAAUAUCAGGAACGGCAUUCGCUCAGCAGGAUGAUUGGUGCUCCUCCGGGAUACAUCGGUCAUGAUGCUGGUGGUCAGUUGACAGAUGGCUUAAGGCGUCGACCAUUCUCAAUUCUGCUAUUUGAUGAGGUCGAAAAGGCUGCAAAGGAGAUUCUCACUGUUCUCCUACAGCUGAUGGAUGAUGGUCGUAUCACCGAUGGCCAAGGUCGCAUUAUUGAUGCCAAAAACUGUAUUGUCGUCAUGACCUCCAACCUGGGCGCAGAAUACCUGAACCGCCCAACUCUUCCCGAUGGCUCAAUCGAUCCAACAACAAGACAAUUGGUCAUGGGUGCAUUGAGCGACUACUUCCUCCCCGAGUUCCUUAACCGCAUUUCAAGCACCGUCAUCUUCAACCGACUUCCGAAGCGCGAGAUCCGCAAGAUCGUUGAUGUCCGACUGGCUGAGAUCCAGAAACGACUUGACAGCAACGGUCGUAGGGUGAAGAUUAUGUGCUCGCCCGAGGUGAAGGACUACCUUGGCAAGGCAGGUUAUUCACCCGCAUACGGUGCUCGACCAUUAGCCCGUAUAAUCGAGAAAGAGCUUUUGAAUAACCUAGCCGUUUUCAUCUUGCGAGGAAGCAUCAAAGACGGAGAGGUUGCUCGGGUCGUGAUGCAUAAUGGAAAAGUCACGAUUGUCCCCAACCAUAAGGAUGACUAUCCAGAUAAAAUGGACACUUCUUCUGAUGACGAGGACUAUGAUACCGAGGAUGACGAUGAGGAUGAGGAAGGCGAUGCUGAAGGGCUCUACAAGUGA